AUACUCGUCUGAGAGAAGAAGAGAAAAUGAGGGGAGCUGCAGCGCUGGGUGCGUACCGAGAGCUGCUGAAAGCGACUCGGAAAUCGUUCGCGGGCGACUCGGUGAUGCUGACUCAGUCUGCGUUGGAGAUUCGGAAGAAGUUCGAAGAGAACAGGAGCGUAUCGUCCGAGUUGGAGAUCCAGCGACUCGUUGAGGAAGCUCGAGAAGCUUCCCAGUUCAUCUCCACCAUGAUCGUUCAGGCCAAGCUCAACGAACGGGGCGGAUACGAAGUCAAGCCCAGUAAAGAUCAUGUGGGGGCGACACUUGAGAUUCCUUCCGAAGAGAGUCUCCCAAAGGCUGCAUCAUAAGUACAUGCCAUGGCAACCUCAACUUGAUAGGUACUCAGCCAUCAAUCUCUCUGAUGAGAUUUUGCAGAUGAAUAUUUUGAAUAGAUUGUUAUUUGGGUUUCGUUCUUAUGAGAAGUGUUGGAAGUCUUGCAUUCUGCAUUUUGAAUUCUAUUCCAUGGCCUAAGUAGGCAUUAGGUUUAGAACACCCAUUUGUUAAACAGUUUGUUGCGAGGAUAAAAGAUCUUAUUCAUUAGCAAUGAAAGUGCCUGAUAACUAUGAGUUUGGUGCUUA